UCUCCCCUGAUAAAUACUCUUCAAAUCUACAGCCGCCAUUAAGGAAGUGAAACAAAGGAAAAUCGUAAACGAUAACGGGAAUCUCGAAAAAAUGCCGUAUAAACGUGGUGGUGGAAGGCAAUGUGUUGUUGUUAACUGUACUAACAAUCAAAAGAAUUUGUAUGACUGGGAAAAUGGACCGUGUGAAGUGCACAAAGGUUUAAUUGCCAAGGAUUGUCCGUGUCUAGUUCCAUUCAAAUUCCAUUGCAUUCCGGCCGAAGGGGAAAAUCGUCUUCAGUGGUUGAAAUCAAUCAACAGGAAAGAUUUCAAUCCGCAUGCCAAAUCAGUGGUCUGUUCCAAGCAUUUUAUCGAUGGCCGCCCCACUAAGCAGAACCCGGUUCCUGUUCUUGAGCUGGGAUAUCAGCCAAUUACCCCCAAGACCCCUGGUCGAAGACCCUUGAUACGACAACCAUUAGAAGAGAGGGAAAAUGUCUACCCCAAGGAACAACAGUCGGAACUGGACAUUCAGUCAGAAACGCCUCUUAAGCCAGCCGUGACCGAUGAAGAUACUUUACCCUGUAAAAUGGUGGCCACUAAAAUAUUAGAUUUUGAACAAUGCAUUGACAAUGAACAGUGUGUAUCUGUGUGCUGUCAGAAAUACCCGGAAAUGUGUAAAAAUGUCAGCAAACCUAAGUUGGUUGAUUGCAGCACACAGACAAUUGAUAUUGUGUCACUUGACCACAGCUAUUGGUACAGCGGAAAAACUCGGAACGCCUCAACACAACAUAACUCUCCAGAAUUUGGUGCGGAAUACAUUGAAACGGAUUCUGAUUUCCAGUUUUACACUGGAUUGAGUUUGGCAACUUUCCUGACACUGGUGGCAACAUUAAGUAAGUUUGGCCAGGAGCUGCCCUAUAAAAUGAGUGUGGCCAACCAGAUAUUGUCAGUCUUGCUGCGACUGAGAUUGGCACUGACAUUUGAAGACAUUGGUAGACGCUUCAGAGUGUCACAUCAGUUGAUCAGCAAAGUGUACCAUUCAUGGGUUGAAAUUAUGUCGGAACACCUAUCAAAGUGCAUUGUUUGGCUACCUCGUGAAACAAUACAAAGAACGUUACCAAAGUCAUUUAUUACAUCUUUUCCCAAGACAACAUGCAUUAUUGAUUGCUCUGAAAUUUAUAUACAGCGGCCAUUUUCAUUGAAAGUAAGAGCACAGACAUGGAGUACGUACAAAAGCCACAACACGGCCAAGUUUUUAAUUGCAAUAGCGCCAAAUGGUUUCAUUAUGUAUGUUUCCCCAUUGUAUGGGGGCAGAGCAAGUGACAAUUAUAUAACAAAGAAGUGUGGAUUUUUGGAAUAUUUACCGAACAGGACACUUGAUUUCAACAAUGGUGUGAGGAUCUAAAAUCCCAUCAGGGCUUGCAGCUAGGUAUGGUUCUUCCUCGCAAACAACAAUCCCUGAAGGAGACACAGUCUUUCCACUCAAUCGCUCAUACCAUGCUCGUGCAACAGGUUCAUACCUUUGCCCAUGGCGAGUAGCGGCGCACCCCUUAAACCUAGAGUAGAUGUGGUUGUUGAUGAAUUUAUCAGGGUUUGCUCUAUUUGUUUUGGGCAGAUCACUCACUCGACUACUGGUGAUCCUUAACUUGCGGCUGUCUGUCCAGGUACUGUUGUUCUGCUGUUUUGUCGCCUUCUCUAACUUGGAUGAGUCAGUCAGCUGAA